GGGAAGGGAUCGCAAACCACACAAGUCCAAGGAUGUGGGACCUUUGCCCUGGACAGUGACAGAGGGACUCUGAGAAGUGAAGGUGCACAAGGAAAUUUAAAACACAACCAAGAGACAGAAAACAACAACUGACUUAGAGGUGGUCGUCACACCUCCAUGCUGGAGACCUGAUCUCUGGGAGCAGGACAGAGUCUGGCCUCCCCCCCCCCCCGGCCCCACACCUGGUGCCAUGGGAACAAGUAGGUGCAACAGGUACAGCAUUGUGUCAGACAUUUUACCGGAGGAGGAACGGCAGAAGAUCUCGAGCUUGGGUCUCCACAACGGCCACAGUAACCCCAACUUCCGACGGCACUCGGCCGGCGCCAUAGAGACAGAAGACAGCCGGAGGAGGUCGGGAGCCUCUGCCGCCGCCGCGCCCACCGCCAGGGGACAAGGAGUGAUGAACGACUACAACGGCAAGAUUCUGACAAGAGGCUCCAGCCAAGUACGGAGCCGCUUCGUGAAGAAAAAUGGACAGUGCAAUGUUAUAUUCACCAACAUGGAGGAGAAGAGGCAGCGCUACCUAGCCGACAUCUUCACCACCUGCGUGGACAUCCGCUGGAGAUACCUGCUGCUCAUAUUCUGCACCAGCUUCAUGGUGUCCUGGCUUUUCUUUGGCAUUAUCUUCUACACCGCCUCCCUGGCACACGGGGACUUUGAGGAGCAACCUGCGGCGAAGGGCGACGGGCUGGCGUUGGGCGGACUGCACGGGCCCACAUCUGGACACACAGCUGGAGGGCAGCCGCAGAGGAUGCCCUGCAUACUUCACGUCCACGGGUUUGUCGGGGCGCUCCUCUUCUCCAUGGAGACCCAGACCACCAUCGGUUACGGCUGGCGCUGCGUUACCGAGGAGUGCCCCGUGGCCGUGAUAACGGUGGUGGUCCAGUCCAUCGUCGGCUGCAUCAUUGACUCUUUCAUGAUCGGCACCAUCAUGGCCAAGAUGGCGCGGCCAAAGAAGAGGAACCAGACCCUGGUGUUCUCCAAAAACGCGGUCAUCGCCAUGCGCGACGGCAAGCUGUGCCUCAUGUGGAGGGUGGGCAACCUGCGGAGGAGCCACAUCGUGGAGGCGCACGUCCGGGCCCAGCUCAUACGCUCCUACGUCACGGCCGAGGGCGAGUUCAUCCCCUUGGAGCAGAUGGACCUGAACGUGGGCUACGACGAGGGCACGGACAGGCUGUUCCUCGUGUCCCCGCUGGUGAUAGUCCACGAGAUAGACAGAGACAGCCCCUUGUACACGCUGAGCCGGGCCGAUCUGGAGACGGACGACUUCGAGAUCGUCGUGAUCCUGGAGGGGAUGGUGGAGGCCACGGCCAUGACCACGCAGUUCCGCAGCUCCUACCUCGCCAGAGAGAUCUUCUGGGGUCACAGGUUUGAGCCCGUGAUCUACGAGGACCGGGACCGCUACAAGGUGGACUACGGCCGCUUCCACAAGACCUACGAGGUGGCGUCGACGCCUCACCUCAGCGCCAAAGAGCUGGAGGAGGCCGGGAGUCGGGCCUCUUCUUCUGCUGCAGCAGCCGCCGCCGCCGCUUCUCCCGCCUCUGCGUGCAGAACCACGCAGGACCUGAUCCCCAGGUCGCUGAGCGCCUUCUGCUACGAGAACGAGGUGGCGCUGAGCUGCGGGGAGGAGGAGGACGACAUCUUCGACUCCUCUCAGGUCGCAGGGAAGGAGAAGACGGAGGAGAGGAGGACUUCGGUUUCUGUAGACUUCCAAAACAUGUUCCAGGACAGUCCCGUCGUGAUGUCGGGCAGCCACAGCGUCAUGUGCGUCCUGGACAUGGACAAUAACCAGAUGGAGUUCGACAUCCUACAGACUGCCAUCCCUCUCGACCCCGUGACCUAUAAGAGCGAGCAGGAGAUCUGAAGAGCUCCCCCCGCGUCCCUCCUCUCUCUUUCACCCGCGGGCGACUGAACCGGAAGAAGGAUCUCUCGGUGACGUUGCUCAGUGUUGGAUCGCACGUUUCAACCCCUUUGCCUUGCCAGUGUUGAUUUAUAUUCACAUGUUUGUUUCCUUUUCUUCUUCUCAUUGGGAUUUUAAAAAAAAAAAGAAAAAAAAUUAGAAAUAUAAAAAGAAGAAAUUGUUUUCCUAAAUAACCCUCGGCACAUGCAACUGCAUUUCCUCAGAGAGCCAUAAAAACAAACAACAAACAAUCGGACUGAUUUUGCAGGACGAUGAAUGGAAGCACUGACGGGCUGUUCGUGCUCUUUUAUUGUGAAUUAACAACCAAAGGAAAGUCCCGACACUUGAGUCAUGUUUUAGAAACGUACUUUACUUGAGAGUUUCUUUGUCUCUGUGAAUGUAAACAAGAGAUUCUAUGAAAGCAAUAGCACUUUUUUUUUUUUUUGAUGUACUUCUCCUCCCUUUUGAAGAGGACUGAGCUUUUUCAGAUGCAGUCUUUUAUCAGUGUGAUCGAUUUAUAUGCUUCAUGGAUUUCAGUGGUCAUCAUGCCUGCAGUAGUUCCCCGCAUAGUCUGCUAUUUGCACUUUUUGUGAGACCGUCUGUUCUUUUCCGGAAAAGCAUAAAAAACAAACAAACAAACAAACAAACAAAAACAAAACAACAACCUCCCUCUCUCUGGGUGCUUCUAGUAUUUGAGCAUCAGGGAGAAACUGUUUUUCUUUGUGCAGGAAACCAACGAGACCGUGUCAAGUGCAAUCACUGGGGAUCAGGAUCUUUAUUAGAGUUAUAGAUACCAAAAUCGAAUAUCAAUUCUAUUAGUGCUAUCGAUAUAAAGUUUAUUUUAUGAACCACUUCAAAUCUUUUUCUUUAAUUCUUGGUGUGUUUCUUGUGGAGGCUGCAGCCAGUGAUACCAGAAACAACACUGAGAAGUGGCUUUUAAUUCAUGCGUGUGUGCUGUCGCAGUUCGCCAAAGGUCUGGAGAUGGAGAGGUGAAACACGGAGCGCAUCUGACGCAGGUGUGCACGCAGCCUAAGGUGAGCGGACAGGUGUGAAGCCACCGUGAAGCACAACAGGAAACAAAAAGGGAUAAAAGGAGAACUGCUUUGAACCGGAAGGUGUCACGGUGGUUGUAUAAUAGAUAGAUGACACUCAGAAAUCAGUUGCCCUGGGAGACGCAGAUGGCGCGAUGCUGAUUAGAAAAUAUAAUUCAUAGAGAAAUAACCUGUAAUUAAACCUCUGGGAGUGAAACCAACUAAAAUGUUUAAAUACAGUUUGGGCCGUGAUGUAGACAAGCGAGUUCACGUAUUCACCCCUGUAACCUUUAGAUGGGACCAUCAGCUGUCAGACCAGUAAACCUGCUGCACCUGAUGAUACUACAACUCUCAUUCUUGAACAACUUUGUAUUUUAUUUUAUUUAUUUAUUUUUUCAUUUUUACUAAUUAUAUUGCUUGAGCAAGUGUGUGUGAGUGUGUGUGAGUGUUUUUGAAUUCAUGUGCGAGAGAGUGGCUGCAGACUGAUGCAACAAGCAUUUGAUAGUAUUAGAUUUCAAAAUCUCAAUUGUCUAAAUUUUUUAUUCAUUGCAAAACCUGCUGAACAUGAAGGAACAUCUGAAGCACAAGAACAGACUUCCUGACAAACACACGCUGCCAGCCAAAAGAAAAAUGUUGUAUUCAGAGUUGACUGUAAAGGUUUGCAGCCGACGAGAGCUGACGAACAGUCGAAUAACUUACAUAUGGAUCAGUCUAAGCCUCUGAAACAGACCGACUGCACGUUACGAUAUGAAAGUGUAUUUUACUGUACAUUUGUUCUAUAGUGGAUGUGUAGACGUGUUUUUGAGGUUCAGUUUCUAGAUGCUUAACUGUUCAAAGAUUCUUAAAGUUUCCUGGCGAUGUCUUUUAACUACGCAGAGAACACCAAAAUGUUUCUGUGUAAAUCCACAGUAUUUCUGUACGAAAUCAUCUCAGUUUAACACUAUGAGAGUGGUUUGAUCAGAUUCGAAAGUUGGGUUUGUUCUGUGAGAAAAAAACAAACACACAACGUUGUUUUGAUUGGCAGUGUAUACAGAACAGGAGUCUGCCUGAGUACGAGAAAAACGACCAGUGUAAACGUCACCUUGUGUAACAGACAUAGUCAUUUUUGUUUCCUUUGCUGCAAAGUCUUCCUGCUUCGUAUUAACCUACAGAUUUUCCAACCCCCUGCACUCAGCAAGAUGUUGUCCUAUUUGAAACAAGCUGAAAAGAAAAAGAAAUCUAAAGUACAAAGCACUUUAUUCUUCCUUGUAUACCUUUUUUUGAUGUUGCAAAUAAAUAUUUCUAUAAUUUUG